UGUUCGCGAUAGCCGCGGAGCGGCGGUAUCGGAGCAGCGGCGCCGCGAGCGCCGCACUCAGGAUGCGUCCGCCGCGUCGACUGUGCCUGCUGGCCGCCGGGCUGGCGGUCGCUGGCGCCCUGUUCCUGCUGGCACCCGUGACACGUGACAGGGGCAAAACGAGGGUCCGCCGCAAACUGCCCGAAGUUGUCGAAUUGGCUGCAACAGAGGCUGAAAAUAACACCCGAUAUGACGUACCUCCAGGAGUUGAGCCGUACCCGUGGCACUACUUUGAGAUGUCCAAGGGCCGUAAGAUGGUCAUUGAGCCGGGAGCUGAGGAGACACGACGCGGACCCCGGCGCGGUCCGGAGCUGGACGAGCUAUCCGCCGUGUUCAACAUCUCGCUGGCCGAGCUGCAGCAGCGCACCGGCAACGCGAACUACUCGUCCGCGGACACGCUGGGUGGCCGGUACAGACUGCUGCCCGGUGCCGCCGUUCAGUACGAGCUCUACUUCGCGAGCCGUGGUGACUCACGCUCCGGGUUCCACACGGUACGCGUGACACGGCCGCUGCAGCCACUGCGCGUGGAGUACUACGGCCUCGGUGGCCACGAGCUGGUGAACGUGCUGCUGCCCUACUACUCCCGGCUGGAGACGCUGCGCCAGUUCGUGGGGAGGUUCGCCGCGCUCGUGGAGGCCGGGGAGGAGGCCGUGCUGACGGUGAUCCGCUACACGGACGGCUUUCCGUCGAUGGACGCGGAGCAGCAGAGGAGGGACGCGGAGGGAGCCGCAGAGGUGGUGCGGCAGGCCAACAGUCGACUGGCGGCGCACGGCGCCGCGCCGCGGGUCCGCCUGAUCGAGAGGACCGGCACCUUCUCGCGGGGACUGGCACUGAUGGAGGGCGCGCGCGCCUGGGACGGGGAGGAAGACGUGCUACUGUUCCUCUGUGACGUAGACAUGGUGUUUGGCAGCGAGUUUCUACAGCGGUGCCGGGCCAACACCGCCCCCGCGCGCCAGGCGUACUUCCCGAUCGUGUUCAGCACCUACAACCCUGCGAUCGUGUACAGUGUGCAGAACAAACCCGUGGUGCCGAUUCUCACCAGCUACGAGCAGGGAACAGUCAUCAACCAGGAGAUGGGCGCGUGGACGACGUUCGGCUUCGGCAUGAGCUGUCAGUACCGGUCUGACUUCCAGCGCCUCAGCGGCCAGUUCCUCAACAUCACCGGCUGGGGGCUGGAGGACGUGAAACUCUACCAGCGCUUCCAGAAGAGCGACGUGGAAAUUGUUCGCAUGACUGACCCGGACCUGGUGCAUAUCUAUCACAAGAAGGAGUGCAACAAGCGGGAGGUCGGCAAACGCUUCAACUCGUGCCUGCGUUCCAAAGCCGUAAAGGAGUCUUCGCAACUCGGCUGGGGACUGUGGGUGUACAAAAAUGUUGGAGACACCGCAGACGUAGAGAACUUCCUGUUGCAAUAUUACAGCAACGGUUGACAGUACCUGUUGAUGCUAGGAAUCAAUAUAGGUUUUUCCGAUGUCUAUAUCCGGCGGGUGAUGUUCACAGGCGGGUGAUGACACGCUUUUGGUAGUUUUAGAGAGCCGAUACGUCAUCACAACAAACAACAUUUUUUUGUGCAGUGACGUUACUUCAUUUGGCUGAACUAAAGCGGAUUAGGAAAGUUUGAGAUGAUAAAACGUAAAAGCGAUGUGCGUCAAGCAAUCACCAUCUGCAUUCCCGUUGGUGAGGUUUCAAUGCUUUCGUACCAAUAUCUGCUUGUCGGAGAAAAAGACCGUUCAGGUCAAUUAUUUUAACCGCAAGGCUGGGUGUUAAGGUUCCUCGCGGACGUAGGUACGCAUGUCACCAACGGGAUAGCAGCUAUGUUCUAAGCCGCGCUGCCGUCUCUACAUAGAAGCUGAGGCGUCACCAAUGGCUUAUCGGCACGCAUGACAUGCAUCGUGAUCUGCGUUAGCAACUUAUAGAAAGCUGACGGCUGACAAUAGGUGUGUGUCUUAAGCUCCAUCGUAUCUUAUUUAUAAUACAGUAUAUCUUGCGAGUCUU